UUUAAAUUUAAAAACGGGUAGCCUAAAUUCUAUAAAUAACAAACCUGUUUUGGGGAAAUUCAUCGAAUUUAUAGAAAUACAACGAUGAAAUUGACUUCCUGAAGAUUAGCAAUGGCUUCCAGUACUGAAGGUACCGGUCCUUAUAAAUCAACAGUGCUGGUUUCAACGCAAGCAACGAAAGAAGUGGACAAAACAGAAACUACUGCUACAGAACAGGCUUUAAACAUUACUGCUACAACACAAAACAGUGAUGUUACUAAACCUGGUAUGCUUGAAAAGGCAAAGACUGCACAACUGCGAGGAGGGACUAAACAUGAAAAUAAGAUAGAUGGAAAUCAAUGGAGUAAUUGGAAACCGACUGGAGUACAAGAUUUGGAUGCAAUUCGUCAAAUCCUAAAAGAAGCCCUAGAAGGUGGUCAGUCGUCAAUGGAGGUUCUUCAUCAAAAAGUGCAAGAAUUGAUAGAAAGUAAGCAGAAAGAUACAGAAAUGAUAGAAGAACUAAAACAGAAAACAGAAGAACUAUCAAGGUUACUAAAGGAAGAGAGAGAAAGAAACGAAAAACACAGAACGACACAAACACAAAAAGAAAUGACAGAAAAAGAGAAAGAAAUAACAGAACUUCGAAAAGAAACCACAGGACUUAAAGAGGAAACUGAAAAAUUGAAGAAGGAAGUGGAGAGCUUGAGAACAAGUCUAAGUAAAGCUGCAGGAGAUAAGUUGACUGAUGGUAACCCUACCAUUACUGAUCUUAGUGAUCCAAACCGUCCUCAGAAACUCUGUGAAAAAUUCAAUAGCUUGUAUGACAACUUAUGGACUGAUGCAUUUGAACAUGUUUUCAAAGAUGAAAAUAAUGAGAAAUUAUCCGCUGAAAGACUGGUAGAUAUAUUCAGGAAAUGCUGGGAGUUCUGUCGCGAAUGCGCUGAUAACCAACUGGAAAUAUUACAGGAAAAGUUCGUGCGACCAGAAGUUAUCACGGAAGAAAUGAAUAGACAGGGAUUAAUACAGACAUUCUCAAAGUCAGAACUGAAAAUGAUAAAAGACGCAAGAAAAGCAGUCGCAAAACAUACGUUAGUUAAUUUAACCCAGUUUUACUGGAAAACGAAAGCGAGGCAGAAAGAAGAAUUACGACUGUAUGUAGAUGCUUGUAUGGAAAUUUGUUGGUACGCUGCUAUUAAUGACCCGAAACUGGAUUUUAGUUUUGAUCCAACAAAGAAUAAAGAAGAUUUUAGAGGUUAUACAAAAUCAGGAAAAUUUGUAGACUAUCUAGUAUGGCCAGCAAUGUAUCUCCAUAUUGAUGGGCCAUUGCUUUAUAAAGGUGUUGUGCAACUGAAAGAUUCCGAAGGAGAAAGAGAACAAAUGUGAAAUAAA